AGAAAUAGGCGGGGUUUAAGCCUUUGUGGCUGUGGUAACUAGUGACGACCAAUAAAUAUGGCAACCAACGAAGGUUCUGAACCUGCAAAUGUAUGUAUUUCUAAAAUAAACGUAGGUCAAGGCGAAGGAUACGACAAGAAAUGCAUAUUCUGCAAGGUUGUCAACAAUGAGAUGGGCACGGAGAUUCUUCAUGUUGACGAGGAGGUCUCUUGCUUCAGGGACAUCAAGCCUGGAGCUCCCCAUCAUUACCUGGUUGUGCCCACGAGACAUGUUGGAAACUGUAAAUCACUCAGUAAAGAGCAUGUGUCAUUAGUAGAGAAGAUGGUGGAGAUAGGGAUGGAGAUCCUUCAGAAGAACAAUGUCUUAGACCUCAGCGACGUUAGGUUUGGCUUCCACUGGCCCCCAUUCUGUUCUGUCUCUCACCUGCACCUACAUGUGUUGGCACCUGCCAGUCAGAUGGGCUUCAUGUCCCGCCUCUUCUACAGACCCAACUCCUAUUGGUUUGUCACUGCUGACCAGUUGAUUCAGCAGCUGAACUCUAAGGGAGAGACCAACUGAGGAGUGGGUUGCAGUCUGGGCUGGUCCAGUGAGAAACGGGGUUACCUUACUAGUAGUGAAGUGAGCAGGUCAGGUCUGGUCUCCCUCCGUGGUUCUCUAUGUGAGUGUACUGUACUCCCCAGCAGGUUAGUGAGACUAGUGAUGAUGGUUCAACUCAACUGAGGUUUUUAAUUCUAGUAUCAAGCUGAACAGCCAAAUCAGAAAUUAAGCCAAAUGUGUUUUCCUUACUUGCUAUUUUAAAUACUUUUUUGAAAAUGACCAAUAGUUACUCUUUAUUUUUUACCACAGAAUAUGAAAUAGUAAUGUCUGGAAUGAUUUUGGGGUCAAUUUCUGUUGGUAUAGAAAGAUAUCAAAAGUGAUACGUUUGUGUUUAGGCUCUAGUAUUAAUGUAAAGAACGAUUAGUAACGUAAAGGCAUUCCUAAGUGAUCAUAACCAGGAGACCUGAGAAUGGGAUGUAUUGGGACUGUGAAACCUACAGUAAGUCUCAUCGCAGGACACCUUUGAUAAAGAUGUCUUGUGCAUUGUGCCACUGGCUGGCAUCCCAAAUGGCACCUUUUCCUAUAGGGCUCAAAAGGAGUGUAAUGAAUAGGGAACCAUUUGCGAUGCAGUCACUGUCAACAGUAUCCCGUAUUAUGAGGUAUAAUAACUGAAAGCGGAGAAAUAUCAUGAGAAGUAUGAGCUCUUUUAGGCCUCAGUCAAGUGAGAGUCAGAAAAGCAACUGUUUUGCAUGAAUGGUAUUCAAUCAUAUAUGAUCAAAGAGUAAAAUGGAAGUGUACACUGGGGUGUGAAGGUUUAAAAUAUUCACUGAAUAAUACCUACAUUACUAAUUCAUCAAGAUGCAUAAUAGGAGCUCAAUCAUCCAUAAACAAUUGUUUCUUGGGUCACAUUCUGUUAACACAAUACUCUGCAUUAAUUGUAUUAUUUUAUUAUGAAUGUUGGAGAGUGAUUCUUAAUUUUGUUAUGCACUACAGCCCAAUGGAACACUCAACAAAGUAAUGUAUGUUUAGUGUAUGCUGCUGCAUGAAAUUAAGAGCGUCAUGUGUUUAUUGGUUGACGUGUCGCUGUAAAAUAAUAAUGGUGGUUCAUGGUUAAAUAAAUGAUGCAUUGCUGCCUCCACAAGUGUAUCAGAUUUCCUUCCUGGUCUCUUAUUAAUGGGAAACAUCAUUCAGUAACACUUACUGUAAAGUAUGCAGUAUGACUUAAUAUGACUCUUUCUAAUGCCUUAUUAAAAAGUAUUAUGUUAUGCAGGCUUUAAAUAAAGUGUUACCUGUCAUUCUAA